GUUGAUAUGUUCACAGUAGUGUAGCAUUAUUUGUAGGUUAAAGCGUAUCUGUGUGUUGGGCGACCACCAGGAUUUUGUUAAUAAUACUUGUAAUGCUCAAAAGGUGUAUAUUGUAUGGUGUUCAGAUAAGAUUGUGAUUUUGACUCGUCACGAAGCGAUAUAAAGUGCGUUAAUUGAGAAUUAAAGUUCAGUAACGUUUCUCGCAGCUAACGAUAUAGACGCGUCUAGAAUGGCUAGCUUACCGAAAUUAAUGAGAGCGGUUGGCCUCCGGAAAUACUUGCCGAUAUCAGACGUGAACAGUCUCAUAGACUUAGAAGUCAGUCUACCUAGCUUGACCAAGUCAGAUGUAUUGGUUGAAGUUAAAGCGACGUCCGUGAAUCCUAUUGAUGCCAAAAUACGGUCUCCGAAGCCGACUGUAGAAGAUACGCCUCGUAUUUUGGGAUGGGACGGUGCUGGAGUCGUGGUGGCGAAGGGAGACAACGCAGAUCUCUUCAAUGUUGGUGACGAAGUGUUCUUUACCGGCGACGUGAUGAGGAGCGGCUCCAACGCGCAAUAUAUGGCAGUAGACCAGUUCCUAGUCGGCAAGAAACCGAAGAACUUGUCGUUUGAACAAGCUGCGGCCGUACCACUUACUGCGCUUACAGCCGUCGAGUCCAUGUUUGACCGUUUGUUGAUAUCAGAGAAGGAUAAAGGCAAAUCUUUUCUGGUUAUCAACAGCGCCGGAGGAGUGGGGUCCAUAGCCACGCAGGUCGGCAGGAACCUGGGACUGAAGGUGAUCGGAACAGCGUCUCGCCCUGAAACUGAAGCAUUUACUCGGGAACACGGCGCCGAUAUUGUACUUAACCACAGCAAAGAUCUGAUACCACAGCUGGAAGCUAAUGGUCUAGUUGGAGAGGCUGACUUUAUCUUGGUGAAUUAUGAUCUCAAGCCGUACUGGGACACCUUGGUGGCAGCUGUUAAGCCUCAAGGUAGGAUUUGUUUGCUUACGGAGAGCUCUUCUCCAGUGGACAUUACUCCUUUGAAACCUAAGAGCGCAACUUUAGUGUGGGAGAUGAUGUUCACAAGGCAGAAGUUUAACACAGACGAUAAAGUCAGGCAGUACGAGAUUUUGAGAGAGGUGUCAAAAUGGCUGGAAGAGGGGAAGUUGAAGAGUGCAUUGACGAAGACGGUGAGCCCGAUCAAUGCGGCGAACUUGCGAGAGGCUCAUAGACUCAUCGAAGAAAAGAAAAUGAUUGGAAAGUUGGUGCUAACUGGGUUUUAGAAUAGCCCACCGCCUUUAAGUCUAGUCAUAGCUAUUUUGUAAUGCAUUUGUUUUAAACCGUUUUCUACGGUUAUAUUUUUGUAGACGAUUAUUAAAUAAUUCAUUAUAUUUUA